AUGCAUCCAUUCCAUUGCCUCUGUGGAUUGAUUGGGGGCGGGGCCAAAGGGAGACCCCACCCCCCGCCCCCCCUGCCCCCUCCUCCUAUGUUCUACGUGGGGCUCUUCUGCGUCAACCUGCUGGCCCUCUACUACGCCUUCCUCCUGGAGUACAUCGCCCUCAACCUGGGCAUCGCCGUCCUGCCCCCCGAAGACAUGGACCACGCGCUGGGGGGGCUGGGGACCCUCUCCGGGCAGGGGUUCGGACUCUUCGACCGGGACGCGGGAGCCGGGGUGGGCCUCGGGGACGGGGAGGCCCUGGACGUGGCCUGGGACUGAGAGCCUGAAGGCCCAGGCCCCCCAAGGAGGAAGGCCCCACCGCCUCUCCCGUGGCCCCUUGGAGACCCCACGAGAACCCAGAGAAGAGAGACCAAGCGUCAGCAAUAAGAAGACCCCAAGAGAACCUAGAGAAGAGACCCCAAGAGGCGCCAAGGAGGGGACCCCAAGAGUCAACAAUAAGAAGACCCCAAGAGACUCCAGAGAAGGCAAUAAGAAGACCACAAGAGCCUCUGAACCUCCAAGGGACCCCAAGAGAAUCCAGAAAAGAGAGCCCAAGAGUCACCAAUAAGAAGACCCCAAGAGAAUCCAGGAAGAAGACCCCAAGAGCAUCCAAGAGAAUCAGGUGAGCCCCAUGUAAGACUCCAAGGGAAUCCAAAGAGGGCAACCCUAGAGUUUCCAAGAAGAUUCCAAGAGUCAACAAUAAGAAGACCCCAAGAGAACCCAGAGAAGAGAGCCCAAGAGUCCCAAAGGAGGGGACCCCAAGAGUCACCAAUAAGAAGACCCCAAGAGAAUCUAGGAAGAAGACCCCAAGAGCAUCCAAGAGAAUCAGGUGAGCCCCAUGUAAGCCUCCAAGGGACCCCCAAGGAAGAGUUGCUAGAAGAAGACCCCAAGAGAAUCAGGUGAGCCCCAUGUAAGCCUCCAAGGGACCUCCAAGGAAGAGUUGCUAGGAAGAAGACCCCAAGAGCAUCCAAGAGAAUCAGGUGAGCCCCAUGUAAGCCUCCAAGGGACCUCCAAGGAAGAGUUGCUAGGAAGAAGACCCCAAGAGCAUCCAAGAGAAUCAGGUGAGCCCCAUGUAAGCCUCCAAGGGACCUCCAAGGAAGAAUUGCUAGGAAGAAGACCUCAAGAGCAUCCAAGAGAAUCAGGUGAGCCCCAUGUAAGCUUCCAAGGGACCCCAAGGGAAUCCAAAGAGGGCACCCCUAGAGUUUCCAAGAAGAUCCCAAGAGUCGCCAAUAAGAAGACCCCAAAAGCCUCCGAGCCUCCAAGGGAGCCCAAGAAAAUGCACCCCUAGAGUUUCCAGAAAGAAGACCCCCCACAGUCCCUGAGGUGGGUCCCUUUGAGCCUCCAAAAGAGAGACCCCAAGAGUCCUCAAGGAGGGGACAACAAAGGGCACCUCCAGUGUCUCCAAGGAAGGGACCUCAAGAGUUGCCAGGAUGAAAACCGCAAUAGAAUUCAGGUGAGCCCCAUGUAAGCCUCCAAGGGACCCCAAUGGAAUCCAAAGAGGGCACCCCUAGAGUUUCCAAGAAGAUCCCAAGAGUCCCCAAUAAGAAGACCCCAAGAGCCUCUGAGCCUCCAAAGGAGCCCAAGAGAAUCUAAGAGUCGCCAAGGAGGGGACCCUAAGAGUCACCAAUAAGGAGACCCCAAGUGAAUCCAGAGAGGGCACCCCUAGAGUUUCCAAAAAGAAGACCCCAAAAGUAUCUGAGGUGGGGCCCCAAGAGCCUCCAAAGGAGAGACCCAAGAGUCCUCAGGGCGGGGACAACGAAGGGCAUUCCCAGUUUCUCCAAGCAAGGGACCUCAAGAGUUUCAAGGAAGAAGACCCCAAGAGUCUCUGAGGUUGGCUCCUUUGAGCUUCCAAGGCACCCCAAGAGAAUCCAGAGAAGAGACCACAAGAGUCACCAGCAAGAAGACCCCAAGAGAAUCCAGAGAGGGUACCCCUAAAGUUUCCAAAAAAUAAGACCCCAAGAAUCUCUGAGGUGCACCCCUUUGAGCCUCCAAGGGACCCCAAGAGCCUCCAAAAGAAGGGACCCCAAGAGUCCUCAAGGAGGGGACAACAAGUGGCACCAUGGAAGGGACUCCAGGAGUCACCAGGUAGAAGACCCCAAGACUCCCCAAAGCAGCUUUCCUUUAAGCCUCCAAGGGACCCCAAAGAGAAUCCAAACAGGGGACCCCAAGAGUCACCAAGGAGGGCAACCCAAAGGGCACCAAAGACCCGGAGUCCCUUGCUUGGGCCCCCUUUGAGCCUCCAAGGGACCCCAAGUGUCACCAAGAAGAAGACGGCGACCCUCGCAUCAGAUUGGACUUUGCUGGACCCUCAAUCAUCUCAAGGAAGAGACCUGAGAGUUGGCCUCUCAUCUCCACAAAGAAGAGAACCUCUGGAUGGGCCCCCCCAGACUAGAUCUCAUUGGACCCUCCAUUGUUGCCAAGGAGGGGACCCCAAUAAUCUCCAACCUGGCAUCGGGUUUGCAGACGCAGCCACAAGGCCCGACUUUGCCAGACUGCUGAAAAGUCGCCAAGGAAGGGACCUCAAGAAGCUCCAAGGAGGAGAACCUUUCCAAUGGUGGUCCCACAGGAAGGUGCCAGAAACGCUCCUUUUGGGGUGGCAUUGGGGUCCCUUUGCUUCUCAGGGAAAAGAGGACGACAGUGGGGUGGGUGGGUUUGUCGUCUGGGGAGGGGUUCGCUCCAGAUUUGGGGACAUCCUUGUAUCCGGAGACUGGAUCCAAAGGGAAAGAAGAGCCCGAUCGGUUGGCACCUUCACCACAGAGGACUGGACCGGACUCAGGUCUCGGCAUUCAAGCGAGGAAGCGACGCCAACGGGACCCGGGAGAAAGACAGCCGGAUCGGAAAAGUUUGCAACAAGUUUGGGCGGUUUUGCAUCCAGUGUAAAGGUUGCUCCUGGCCGUUGAUUUUGCUCCAUAAGGGCUUCCGGAUCCAAAAGAAGGUCAGAUGGCAAUAAAAAUAUCCAAAAUUGUCCCAUUGCGUUUUGGAAGACUUUUGAAAGACAUUGGAAGGUAUUGGAAAAGGAAGUAAACACAUCAAAUCCAUCAUUGAAUGAGGUAGAAACAGACAUGUCCCGUUGAUGGGAUUAAGGAUGCGGAUGGGAUGACAAUUCCCAUCAUCCUCCAAAUAUCCUGGCUUGGGGAUUCUGGGAAGGGGAGUCCAUCACUUUAUUGGGAUUUUAAUAAUAGGCAUUGUAUGGUGUUGCUAUUAUGAAGAUGAAGGGGAUAACAACUCCCAUCAUCCUCCAAAUAGUAUGGUUAGGGUAUCCUGGGAGUGAUGACUCAUAAAGAUAUUGCCAUUAACAAUUGCAAAGGAAUAAUAACUCUCAACAUUAGGAUUAGCAAUAAAAAUAGGAUGACAAUUCCCAUCAUCCUCCAAAUAUCCUGGCUCGGGGAUUCUGGGAAGGAGAGUCCAUCACUUUAUUGGGAUUUUAAUAAUAGGCAUUGGAUGACGUCUCCCAGUGUUGUUAUUAUGAAGAAGAAUGGGAUAACAACUCCCAUCAUCCUCCAAAUAGUAUGGUUAGGGUAUCCUGGGAGUGAUGAUCCAUAAAGGCAUUGCCAUUAACAAUUGCAAAGGAAUAAUAACUCUCAACAUUAGGAUUAGCAAUAAAAAUAGGAUGACAAUUUCCAUCAUCCUCCAAAUACUAUUGCUAGGGGAUUUUGGGAAUGAUAUUCCAUAAACUGAUUGCACUUAACAAUAGGAAUGGGGCAACAAAUCCCAGAUAAUAUGGACAGGGGAUUCCUGGAACAAUAGUCCCUGAAGUUAUUGGUAUUAACAAUGGGAUAAGGAUGAUAAUUCCCAUCAUCCUGCAAAUAGUAUGGCUAGAGGAGUCUGGGCGUGAUGAUCUAUAUAGAUGUUGCCAUCAACAACUGGAAUGGGAUGACGGAUUAGCAAUAAGAAUGGGACGACAACUCCCAUCGUCCUCCAAAUAGUAUAGCUAGGGGAUUCUGGGAGUGAGAGUCCAAAAGGUUAUUUUUCUUUCUGCAAAGUUUUGCAGAUUGAUUGGAUUAUAGGUUUGGAGUUCAGGGGCAGAAUCAUGUGACCCUCCAGGUGUUGUACUGCAUAUCCCAUCAUCCACAUCCAAUGCUGGGAAUUGCAGUGCAAAGUUUCCCGGUUCACACUUACGCCAUAGUUUUUUGUUUUUCUCGCACAUGAAACGCUUGCAUUGAAAUGCAUUAAAAGCAUGCGACCCGAACAUACAAUCAAUGCUGUUCCAAUAAAUGGGGAAAUUGCAUUUUGCUGUUUUGAAAUAGAUCAAUUAAUUGCACUUUCUGAGCACAUCAUGGAAACGUCCGGAGCUCAUUUUGGAUCUACAAAAUGUUGCCUUUUAAAUUGAAAAUAAAAUAAGAAUAUGAAUGGCAGGGAAUUGAAAUGAAUUGCUGCACAGUGUUAUGAUGAAGAAAAUCCAUUUUCUAAAUAUUUUUGUAAUUUUGGAAAAGGAAACAAAGGCCUUGUGGAUUGAAUACCGGAAGCGCUAUAUUUUUUGUGGGGAAAAGGUUUUAAAAUGCAGGGAAUACAAUGUAAAAAGCAAUAUGUGAAUAUUCAGCCUGUUUCAAAUAAAUGCAUAUAAAAGUCA